AUGGGCGAAUCGGUCGCCCGUUCGCAGUCUGCAAAGCCUAGUCGACGCUUGGGGAUUCUCAUUGAUAGCUUCAAGCUUAGCACCUGGAUAUGCGUCUCGAUAGUCGGCUAUAGCGCGAUCUCAUGGCUCUUGCCUAGGUUGCAAUCUAUUCUCCUUUGGGUGCCGACAAUUCUGCUUGCCUGGGCCUCCCUGGACGCUCUUUUAAUGCAUGCAGGCCUCAGGCGGAACAUCUGGAUGGAAGGGGUGCAGAAAGGAGUCACAAACGCUGUUAGUGGUGGUAAAAUUGUCUCUGCAAGCGGUCCCGAUGGCCAAAUUGUCGUGUUCCUGGUCGGCGCUCAAGUCAACCAUGCGCUCGGAAUAUUCUCGCCGGGUGUUGCUCGGUUUGUGGCGUACUUUGACGACAUAGCAUCAAACCUCGAGCAGCGGCGCGAGGAGUUCGGCAUGCUUGGGGCUUCGUCCUGGAUCGCCGAUAAGGAGAGAUCAGCAAGCAACGACAUGCUCUACAUAUACUACUUUCGCACCAUCAAGGGAGUCAACAAGUUUGCACAGGAUGCUAGCCACGCCAAUGGCUGGAAUUGGUAUAACAAGUUCUCGAAGCAGCACAAGCAUAUCGCUCUGCGGCACGAGCUGUAUCAUGUUCCAGCCGGACAUUGGUCCAACGUCUUCCUCAACUCACACCGCACACUGAUCGGAGCGACCACCUACAAGGAUGAGAGUCUAGGCGAAUGGACGACGAUGUUGAGAUCUGCCAAUACAAAGCGGCUUCGGACGCUGUGGGGGAGGAUGGGCGAAGGGUCUGAGUCGUUGCGAUCAGGUGGACUCUCGCACUGUGUCCGGCGUGCCUGCCUGCGACCACGGCCGAAGAAGCGAGUAUAG